UGUGAGCGACCACAUUACAGUACUGGGCAGCUAUGAAGAUACAUUAACAUUUGAUACCCAAAUCAGUUUGUACACCUAAGAGACAUUUUACUGAGUGCCAGCAGUCACUAACCUCCUAGAACAAAACAGCACAACUGAGAAGAAGAAAGGAUCCAUGAAAGGCGCUCAUGGUGUAAGCUCCGAGGAUGCCUUACCACUGCGUGGCUUAUGGAUGUGGAAAAACUACCGAAGAAGGCGUAACCCUGUUUAAAUUCCCCAAGGACCCUGAAGAGUUUCGGAAAUGGGAGAAGCAGGUCCAGCGCACCCGCAUGCAGUGGGUUGCCACACCCAAUUCUUACCUUUGCAAUGAGCAUUUUGGCAAGGAGUACUUUGAACCCAGACUGGCAGCGGGGCCUCUGAAGCUGAGGCCGGGAGCUGCUCCUACAGUGUUUGUCCGUCCGCACUGUCCUUCCUGCAAUGGCGCGGGCUGCGGUAGCUGCCUGCCUUCUAUCCAACACAGGACCAUUUCAGCUGAACCAAGAGAGCAAACCAUUAGUGCUGGACACAAUGAAAUGGCACCCAAAGAGCAUGAGGAUGCUAAUGAAAGAGGUAAAGAACGACAUCUAACAGGAGGAGGGUUAAAGGUGCUGAACGAGCGACCAGUGGUUUGUGAGAUGUGUGGAACAACCGGGAAUAUCAACAACUUCUAUUCAAAGACUAAGCGCUUCUGCAGUACAUCCUGCUCUCGUUCUUAUUCAUCAAACUCUAAGAAGUCAUCCAUUCUAGCACGUCUGCAGGGAAAGCCCCCAACGAAAAAAGCUACUGUGCUGAAUAAAGUGAACAAAGCUCCUCCAGCAGCCACCGGAGUUGAUGCUGCUGUUGCUUCUUUCGACUGGACCGCAUACUUGGAGAGAGAAACGUCUCUGGCUGCAUCUGUCUCCUGCUUCAGACACGCUCCCCUUUGUGCCCAGUGGGAUGACAUCACCGUGGGGAUGAAAGUGGAGGUGCUGAACACGAAUGCCAUCCUCCCCAGUAAAGUCUACUGGAUUGCUACAGUUAUCCAGAUUGCAGGAUACAAAGCCCUGUUGAGAUACGAGGGCUUUGAGCAUGACAGCAGCCGUGAUUUCUGGUGCAGCCUCGUUUCAGGAGAGCUCAACCCGAUCGGAUGGUGCGCAAUGACCAGCAAGCUGCUGGUACCCCCACAAGAUCUGAAGCAGGACAUCCCAGACUGGAAGGAGUAUCUGAUGAAGAGGUUGGUGGGGGCCCAAACUCUGCCUGUUGAGUUCUACCUGAAGCUUGCAGAAAGCAUGAAGAACUCUUUCAGGACGGGCAUGCGCGUGGAGGUGGUGGACUCCAAAUACGUGAGCCGGACACGCGUGGCCAUCGUGGACUCCAACAUCGGUGGCCGUGUACGCCUGGUGUACGCGGACCAAAGUGACACCCCUGAGAACAUCAUCUCAGACUUCUGGUGUCACAUAUGGAGUCCCCUCCUGCAUCCGAUAGGCUGGUCCAAAAAAGUGGGUCAUGACAUCAAAGCGCCUGCAAACAAUCUGGAGUCUUCCAGUGGUCUGAGGGGCAAUUCUGACAGUACGUUCAUGCUCUUUAAAAAGCCGAGGUUCACCUACAUGGAGGGAACUUUCUUUGAAGAAGGAAUGAAGCUGGAGGCCAUUGACCCGCUCAACUUGGGAAGUAUCUGUGUGGCCACAGUACACAAGGUGCUGUUUGAUGGGUACCUGAUGGUGGGCAUUGAUGGCACCAUAUCAAACAAUGGCUCAGACUGGUUUUGUUACCAUGCUUCCUCUCACGCCAUUCUUCCAAUUAACUUCUGUAAAAAGAACAAUAUCCCUCUCACUGUACCCCCAGGUUACGAUGCUCAGACCUUCACCUGGGAAAAGUACCUGGAGGAGACCAAAGCAAAAGCUGCGCCCGUGAGACUGUUCAAUGCUGACUACCCAGGUCACGGCUUCUCCCCCAACAUGAAGCUGGAGGCCGUGGACCUGAUGGAGCCACGGCUCCUGUGCGUCGCCACCGUGAAGCGCUGUGUCGGCCGCCUUCUCCUCAUCCACUUUGACGGCUGGGAGGAUGAGUUUGACCAGUGGGUUGACCACCAGUCUCCAGACAUCUACCCAGUUGGCUGGUGUGAGCUCAUGGGCUACCAGCUCCAGUCACCUCCUGGAGUCGCUGACUUAAUUGAAAAGCAGCUGGUGCGGAACAAGAAAUGCCGGCGCUUUUCUUUCGGGAGAAAGAAAAAGAAGCACACAAAAAAGAGGCUUUCUCAGGACCAAGCUCAAGACGGUGCUGAUCAACACACCGAAAGUCCUCAAAGCACUCCUCCAAAAGUGCCACUCAUCCAGCCCAAGACUGAGCCAGAGGAGCAGGAGAUCGUUGCAGUCAAGGUGAAAGUGGAGGAAAUGGAAACGGAGACCCCCAUUAGGCCACCGGACAACUUUCAGCAAGACUCUGUGUGCAUAAUCAAACAAGAAGAGGGAGGACAAAGCAGCUUGGAUAAUGUAGAACAGGAGAAGACGGAGCAAAGUAAAACUAAAGACUUGGCCGAAGACAAUGCAUCACUUGAAGACCGGUGUACCGGUGAUAGCAACACUGAUCAGAGUGAAAAUGAAAGAAUGGACAAAGAGGAGUUGAGCCAAGAAGACGACAGUACCAUGGAUGAAUCCUAGAGAAUAAAAGAACCAAUAUAGCUGAAUCACUCCAAUGAAAAAAGAAUUAAACAAAUAAAUAAAAAGACUUUAUCAAAAAGAUUU